AUGAGUGACAUAUGGAAAGAUUUGAAAGAAUGGACGGGAGAACAAUCGAAUCAGGAGUUGAAACGAAGCCAAUAUUCACUAGUGUCACGCGAAGAAGCGGCAGGAGAGACCUUAAACUUGGAUCUAAGACUGCUUGAGGAGAUAAAUGAUGAAGAGCUUGGAGACGACGAAAUAAAGAUAAUAAAUUCAGAAAAGAAACCAGGACCAUCAGUAAUAAAGCAAGCAGAUGAUUCGAGUCCAUCGGAGGAUGAACUAGCGGAACUCUCAAACGAUACGGAAGUAACAAAUGGUGAAGAAAGGAGAAAAAAAGAAUCCGUGAACAGAAUAUUUAAUCGAAGCUCCAACAAGAAGCAAUUAAUUAAAAUAGCGCAAGACAAGUAUUAUGUUAGAAUUACAAUCCUCCUGGUGUGUUGGACUUUCUUCACUCUAAUAUUUCUAAUGUACGGUGAAAAACGGGAUAUCACCAAGAGUACUGCUAUUGUUAAUGGACAGGAUAAAAAUUAUAGUCUACAGAUAAAUAACGACGAUGUAGCGAUUCUGUUGACGCUCUCUGGUCCAUUUUUGUCGGACAACGAUGAAAUAAAAAUGGACUCUAACCAAUUGGAAACACAUCACAAAAUGGAAGUGUGGCUUGAAAGAUCUAUGUAUCGAAUUGAACAGAAUCACUCACUUAAAGAUUUUGAUCAGGCAGCCGCAGACAGCGAGCCUUGGGUAAUUACUCUACAAGAUGAAAAACAAUUGGAUUUCAACAAAGGUGUCGCCCGCACACAUAAAUUUCACCAUAAAUCAAACAAUACUCAUAAAAACAAUACGUAUUUCAUACGUUUGAGAUCGACAUCGACUCGUACCGUACCGUUUACUAUAAGUUACACGGUAUCGCCACUAGAUGUCUCUACUGGAGUUGUCUACGCUGUUGUGUUACUUCUUGGACUGUAUGUGCUCAUUGUUUUUGAGAUAAUUAAUAGAACUAUGGCAGCAAUUAUAAUGGCAACUAUGUCGUUAGCAGUGUUGGCCCUGGUCGGCGAGAGACCUUCGCUCCCGGAACUGAUAUCCUGGCUGAAUGAGGAGACACUACUGUUGCUAUUCAGCAUGAUGUUACUGGUCUCCGUAAUGGCCGAAACUGGAAUAUUUGAUUACUUGGCUGUUUAUGUAUUCGAGGUAACGAGGGGCAAGUUGUGGCCCCUGAUAUAUCUCCUAUGUGGCGUUACAGCACUGCUCUCAACAGUUUUAGACAACGUGGCCAUAGUUCUACUCAUGUCACCGGUUACCAUUAGGUUAUGUGAAGUAAUGGGUUUGGAUCCGGUCCAUAUAUUAAUGUUCAUGGCGAUAUACAGCAAUGUAGGAGGCACGGCGACCCCAGUUGGAGAUCUGACCAGUGUCAUCGUGGUAUCCAAUAAAGAUGUUAUAGAAGCUGGUAUAUCUUUCACAAACUUCACCGCUCACAUGUCACUCGGUAUAGUGCUAGUGUUGAUACAGACGUCACUACACAUCCGAUACAUGUAUAGAGACAACAAAAAAUUACAACUGAACGUACCCAGAGAUAUACAAGACAUACGUCAACAGAUUUCAAUAUGGCGGCGAGCAGCCGACUCACUUCCUCAUCUCAACAGUGGAGUGCACAUCGUCAGAAAGAGGCUGGAGAAGAAGAUAGUAAAGUUAAAUGGCAAAUUAGAAGUGCUCGUACAAGAGAAUAACAAAGGGUCGUACUCAAAAGAGAAGUUUUUAAGCACAUUAACAGAACUAAAGGGAAAUUAUAAAAUCCGUGACAAAGUACUCCUGCUGAAAGGAUCGGUGUCUAUAACGUUCGUUGUCAUCGCGUUCUUCAUGCAUUCGAUUCCCGAAUUUAACCGCGUAUCGCUGGGCUGGACAGCACUGCUCGGCGCCAUCUUGCUUUUGACACUGGCAGACCGGAAGGACCUAGAACCGAUUCUGCAUAGAGUUGAAUGGUCCACCUUGCUCUUCUUUGCAGCUAUAUUCGUCUUUAUAGAGGCUCUAUCCAAACUAGGUCUGAUCCUAUAUAUCGGUAGCUUAGUCGAGCAACUGGUCUUAAGGGUGGAUGAGAGCGCUCGACUUGCUGUAGCUAUCUUAUUAAUUUUAUGGGUAUCAGGAAUAGUCUCAGCGUGUGUGGACAACGUGCCCUUAACGACUAUGAUGGUAAGAGUAGUGGUUUCAAUGGGUUCCAAUCCUAAUCUGAACCUACCUACGAGCCCAUUGAUAUGGGCCUUACUCUACGGUGCGUGCUUGGGAGGUAACGGCACCUUGCUAGGGGCAAGUGCAAACGUGGUCUGCGCAGGAGUGGCCGAGCAGCAUGGCUACAAGUUCACGUUUAGCAAGUUCUUUAAAGUCGGAUUCCCCGUCAUGGUGGGGCAUCUGAUCAUCGCCAGCAUAUACCUGCUGACGUCACACUGUCUGUUUACGUGGCAUUAGGUUCUAGAACAUACUACAUGUUCGAGCGUUUUCGGGACACAGCCGAACAGCAC